CCCUUCCUCGACGCCGUCUUCGACGAUAAGGGUGCGAAGAUCCUUAGCGAUCGCAUAUGAGACGAAUUCAUCUCCGCCCGCCCGACUCUACUCAACUUCCAAAAGGGUUUCGCUCUGUGGGGGUGCUGGGGAUGCCCGGCUAGGCACGCUCGAGCAGCGCUAUUUUUUCCUAGCACAUAUAAAAAGACAGUCCCUUCUCAAAUUUCUCCGCUCCCCCCGUCGGCGCACAUUAUGGUUACCAAAUGUUCAAACCUUGAUCGCAUUGACCCCCCCUGCUUUAAGAACAAUUUUGACUUGCGUGCUGGUCUUAUCGUGGCCUAAUGGCUUCCAUUCUCCCGUUUUUACUCCUCAUUUACUCUCUGAAACAAACAUACAAAAAGUAUCGUAGCAGGAAUAGUACAUCAGCCUCCAAAGUUGAACCUGGGCUCCAGCCUAUAUCAGUCUUGUUUCUGUGUAGUGUUUUCGGGGACAUGAUCUGCGGACUAGGACAUGCUCUUUCCAUCAGGUGGGUGCUCGCAGGUGAAAUCACCGAGGGCCCAUAUUGUACAGUACAGGCGGUGUUCAUGCAGAUCGGGAGUAACGGCACCGCAUGGUUUACCAUGGCAAUUGCGGUAUUGACAUACCUUCAGGUAGUUCACCCGACCUUGUUAGGCAAAAGUGGAGCAAAGAUUUUUGCAGCGGGAUGCGUUUGCUUUACAACCGUAUUCACCCUGUUGAUCAUUGCGAUUCCUGCUUCGAUUGACCGUUCAUAUUAUGGCAACUCUGGGUAAGGAUCGCACAUGAUGUCUCAUAUAUAGCUCAUCCCCACAUUCCAGGUUGUGGUGCUGGAUCGCUGGCGGAAAUGCUAGCCGCCAGAGGUUACGAUUCGCA